AUGUACGAUGCGAAUGCGAUUUUGGACGGCUCUCAGGCGCUUACUGGAAAGGAGUGUCUCGGAUUAGACCCAGAUUCAGUAGUAGUGUUAGGCGAAAACGAAGAGUGCAUGAGGCACACAGGAGCAGUGUCGACGCUGGAUUGGAACCAUUUCCAACGAAAUCUUCUCGCUUCCGGCGCUCAAAAUUCCGAAAUUUUUAUUUGGGACAUGAACGCGCCCGAGAAGCCGAUGACGCCUGGCGCAAAGAUCCAGCCGCUUUCGCCAGUUCGCGACGUCAAAUGGAACGCAAAGAUUCAGCACAUUCUUGGCUCUCUCAUCGGACUGCCCAGUGGAACGCAAGCGGUAAUUUGGGACUUGCGCAAAAACGAGCCGAUCAUAAAAAUCAGCGACAGGAGUUCGCGGCUGUCCGCGUCUUCGAUGGCCUGGAAUCCAAACAACCCGACUCAGUUCGCCGUCGGCAGCGAGGAUGACGAGAGACCAGUGAUCCAACUCUGGGACGUGAGACAAGCGCAGCAGCCUUACCAAGUGAUUGCAGGAAACCAAAAAGGAAUUACGACGCUAGAAUGGUCAAGAGACGAUCCGAGACUGAUCCUGAGCGGAUCCAAGGACGGCCGAGCGCUCAUAUUCAACGUUUCGGACGGAGCCCUCGUCAGCGAAAUGCCACAACAGCCGGGAUUCGUUAUUGCGACUACGUUCAACAGAAGACAUCCCGAUUUGGUGACUGUCGCUUCCGCCGAAGGAGGCGCGCAGGUUUUCGACAUGAUGGGUCAGCCAAGCGCGCCAAAGCUUCAAAGCCAGAAGCAAACUGCCGCCCUGGACGAUGCGUUUGGCGCGUUCGAGGCUGCGCCAGCGCCAGUAGCGCCCAUCGAAGCGCCGUGUCCGGAGCCCUGCUCGCUGCCGCCAGCCUGGUUCGGUCGAAGAGUCGGCGCCGCUUUUGGCUUCGGCGGGAAACUAGUUUCUUUCGGAAAAGGAAAAAACACGCUCGAAGUGAGGCAGAUUAUCACGGAGCCAGAUGUGGUGGAAGAGUCGAAGUCGCUGCUGCAGUCGCUGGAGUCGGACACGAAAGAAUACUGCGCCAAAAAGCUCGAAGCUGCGAACGAUCCAAAGGAAAAAUCCGUCUGGAAAUAUAUCCACGCGAGAAGCGAGGCUGAUAGCAGGGCGAAUUUCUUGAAUCUUCUCGGCAUCAAAAAGGAAACCCCAGAGCCCGAAACAGAAGCAUCGACGGAAGAGGGUUUUUCGAUCGUCGAUCCGGUCACUCCGCCCGUCGCUUCUGCCCCGGUCGAUGAAUCCGACCCCUUCGCUGAUAUUUCUCAGGCGAAUGCCGAAGUCCCUGCUCCAGCUCAAACCUCGGAAAUCAAGGAAGAAAUCGCUCCCGAAUCAGUUUUACCAGAUCCAGUUUUCAACAUUCCGACUGACGGCUCCAUUGAUUCGCAAAUCGCAGAAGCUCUUUUGGUUUCCAACAUCGAAACUGCUGUCAAGAUCUGUAUCGAGAACAAACGAUUUUCGGAUGCACUGAUCAUCGCGAAAAUCGGCGGAAACGAGCUGCUCGAGUCAACUAUUCAAACCUAUCACAAAAAGAACGAAUCUCCGAUCGCCGGUUUGCUCCAAACCAUCUACGCCCAGAACUGGCAGCGAAUCGCCCAGGAAAGUGACCUUCAAAACUGGAAAGAAGCAGUUUCUUCCAUUCUCACUUAUGUCCCCGACGCGGAGCUUCCUUCCCUUCUCGACAUCAUCGCCGGCCGUUUGGAAUCAUCUGGAAAAUCUGAAGAAGCGGCGGCGGCGUACAUUAUGUCGGGCAACGUCGACAAGCUUGUUUCCUGCCUCAAAAAAUUCUUCUACUCCGGCGCGGCUGCUUCGGAACUGCAACUGCUCGUCGAGAAAGUGUUGAUUCUCCGACAAACGCAAAACGUGACAAUCGGCGACGAAUCGAACUCAGUUUUGGAGUCUUACGCGAUGCUCCUCGCCGCCCAAGGAGAAUUUGCCGCGGCGAUGGAGUUCUGCGGCGGCGCGAGCGAACAACUCACCCGUUUGCGAAACCGAAUUCUCAGAACGAACACCGCUCAGAAUCAGAAUCAGCCCGCGCAGACUCAAAACUACAAUCAGUACAAUCAAGGAGCUUCUUCGUCUUUUAACCAGUACGGGCAGCCAGCGCCUCAGCCGGUUUCGUCGAUUCCGAGCGGCCCGCGCUCCAAUUUGCGACGAAACAAAACUCCACGAAGCAACCAUGUACCCACUCCAGCUACGGCGUUCACCCCCGCUCCAACCCCGACUAGUCAUUUCUCCCCAACACCGGUGCAACCGCAAUCCUUCGCCCCAACCCCCUUCACUCCUUCCCCAGCUCAACCGCCGGCGCCGUUUACUCCACCACAGUCAUCUCCCUUCACCCCUGCCUCUGCGCCGAGCAGUUUCGCUCAUCCAGUCCCGUCCUCUGGAUUUGCGCCAACCCCAGCGCAAGUGUCAGCUCCUCCUAGUUUCCAGCCCGCUAGCAGCGCUGUUAUGCCUCCUAUCAACUCCCCCUCUCAGCCAGCAAGUGCUAACUCUUUCGGGGCUCCUCCUAUGGGCUCUUCGAUGCCCCCCAUGGGCGGUGGCUACAACAACUUCUCAGCCGCCGAUAUUUCGCAUAUUCCGAAAGGCCCUUCUCCUGAAAAACCAGAGUCGACUCCUGGCUGGAACGAUCCGAGGAGCAAGCCAGAGUACGCGAAGGCAGUAGAUUCGUCAAUGCGAUUGAACAAGAAAAAGAAAGCUCCAACGAUGACGGCUAUCGAUUCAGCGAAUGUAUUCCAACCGGCGCCAGUUCCGACAGGAAUGGGAAUGUCUGGCGCUUUGGGUGGCGCUCCACCAAUGGGAGGCGGUUUCGGGGGAAUGCCGCCUAUGGGGACUCCAGUGGGUGCCGCUCCGCCUAUGGGAGCGCCUCAAAAUGCGGCGCCGAUUCCGUCAAUGUCGAUGAACUCUGCAAUGCCUGUUUCUGGAAUGAACAAUUUGGCGAGUCAACCAAGCCACCUUCCAGUUUCUCGCGCCUCCGCUCCUGCUCACCCAGGAGAAAUCGAGGAACCAACCGGGCCAAAAGCUAGCGCCCUGGCAGUUGCAAAAGCGCCGCUUCCGGACCAAUUCUUGCCGAUUCAACAGGCGAUGGACGCGCUGCUGGAUCGCUGCAAACAGUCGCCAGUGAUGAAACCCAUUUUGAAGAAGAAAAUCGACGAGGCGCAAAAACGAUUAGCAAUGCUUUACGACAAGCUCAGAGCGGGAAGCUGCUCUCAACUUGUCACCGACGCUCUGCUGCAAAUUUCCGACGCGGCGGAGAAGCACGACUACAGCCGCGGCCUGGGAGUGGUCCAGUUCAUCGUCCAGAAAGCGAACUUUUCCGAAGUCUCGUCGUUUCUGCCCGGCGUCAAGAACUUGCUCACUGUCGCCUCUCAGCUCAAAGUCUAA